CUCCCGGGCACCGCUUUGCAGACGUGCGUCAAAAGGCGCUCCCGCUCUGCACGCAGUCGGCCGAAUCCCGCGAGGGCACGGUGACUGUUCAGCUUUGCAGAAACUGUUCCCUCCCCAGCCUGCUAUGGAUCUUGAACGCUCUGGAAGCAAACUCCCUGCUCAGAUUGGACCUCAGCAACCACAGCUCUUGGCUGAUGCUGGAAUGAGCCCUUCCACGACAAAUCCACUGAAGACAUUUUAUAAGGGGGAGCCAUUGGCCCUGGGGAUCACCCAGAUCCUCAUUGGCGUCCAGGUACUGGCUUUUGGAAUCAUGAACAAUUUCCUUGAAGGCUCCUACAGACCACCGUACACACUACUGAAGAUUCCGUGUUGGACUGGAGCUUUGUUCAUCAUUUCAGGAUCCCUGGCUGUGGCUGCUGCCAAGAAGCCCAGGAUAUCAUUGGUGAAAGGCAUGCUGGGAGUGAAUGUGGUGACUGCCGUGGCAGCUGGCAUUGGGCUGUUGUUCUUUGGUACUUCUCUUGAUGAAUACCUGCCCUGGGACAGUAGGUGGGACCACGGCUGCUCAGAUCUGAACCCAGAAAUGUAUCAAAACUGCUAUGAAACUAAAGUCAUCUCUUGGAUCCUUUUGCAUGCAACUAUCCAACAGCUCUACCACUAG